AAAAUUUAAAGACCACCGAAAGAAAAGAAAGGGCAAUUCGCGUAAAUGUUCGGAGCAGGAGUAGCUAUUUAGCCUGUUCCUGUCCCAUAAGACACAAGUUUCUUUGGGUUCUAAGGUUUUCAAGGUAAAAAAUAACUUGGAGUCGAAUAUGAGGCCCUUAUUCGUAGGAAAUAUUGAGUUUGAUACACGUCAAUCUGAACUGGAACGAUUGUUUACCAAAUAUGGAAGAAUCGAGCGUGUUGACAUGAAAUCUGGCUUUGCGUUUGUCUACUUUGAGGAUGAGCGUGAUGCAGCUGAUGCCAUCCGUAGUCUUGACAACAUGCCAUUUGGGUAUGACAAGCGCCGGUUAUCAGUGGAAUGGGCAAAGGGUGAGCGUGGUAGACCUCGUGAUGACUCCAAGGUUGCAACAAACCAAAGACCAACAAGAACUUUGUUUGUCAUUAACUUUGACCCUAUCCGCACUAGGGUGCGUGACAUAGAAAGACACUUUGAACCAUAUGGGAAGAUCCUUAAUGUUCGCAUACGUCGUAAUUUUGCGUUUGUGCAGUUUGAAAAUCAGGAAGAUGCCACAAAAGCCUUGGAGUGUACACACAUGAGUGAGAUCCUUGACAGAGUUGUUUCUGUAGAGUAUGCUUUGAGGGAUGAUGGUGAGAGGGGGGACAAGUAUGAUAGUCCCAGAAGAGAUUAUGGGAGGCAUGGUGAUGGUCCUUACCGAAGGUCACCAAGCCCAAUAUACCGCAGGGGUCGACCUAGUCCUGAUUAUGGCCGUCCUCGUAGCCCUGCUUAUAACAAAUAUAGUGGUCCGUCAUAUGAUCGAUACAGGAGUCCAGAGUAUGGGAGGUAUCGCAGCAGGUCUCCUGUUCGGAGGUCAAGAACUUGAAGCAGUAAUUUAUCAGACGAAGAUCAUUGUGCCUUUCUGGUGUCAUAAUAUAAAUAUAUGCUGUGUAUUAGUGUAAUGGAUUGUUUUCAGCAUUUUGUAUUGCUUAAACUUUAGAGAGCUAGGUAGAGUUCAAUUUGGGUGUUGGAGAACAUUUGCAUGGUGGAAUCACUGCCUCUGCUUAUUUUGAAAAUGAAAAGGAACAUAUGUAAGGAAAUACUUGUUAGUUUGCCCCAACUUUUAUUGGUUUGUGCAGCAUCGAAUUAUCCUACUAAUUAUACUGAAGGAGUGGCAACGGAUAAAUUA